ACCCAAAUCAAACACCCCAUGCGCCCCGCCGCCGCGGCCGACCCGCAGCUCCUGGGAGCGGCGUUCGAGGCAGCGAUCUCGUCGCGCUCCCCGCGGCUCGGCCGCGCCGCGCACGCGCGCGCCCUCAGGCUGCUCUCCCCGGGCCUCCCGCCCUUCAUCUGCGCGCACCUCGUCAACCUCUACUCCAAGCUCGACCUCCCGGCGGCCGCCGCCUCGGCGCUCGCCUCCGACCCCAACCCCACGGUGGUCUCCUUCACCGCCUUCAUCUCCGGCGCGGCGCAGCACGCGCGCCCGCUCGCCGCACUCUCCGCCUUCGCCGCCAUGCUCCGCGUGGGCCUCCGCCCCAACGACUUCACCUUCCCCUCCGCCUUCAAGGCCGCCGCGUGCGCGCCGCCUCGCUGCUCCACUGUCGGCCCGCAGAUACACGCGCUCGCCCUCAGGUUCGGCUACCUCCCCGGCGACCCCUUUGUCUCGUGCGCCGCGAUGGACAUGUAUUUCAAGACAGGCUGCCUCGGGUUGGCUCGCCGCCUGUUCGAAGAAAUGCCUAAUAGAAACGUCAUAGCGUGGAACGCAGUGAUGACGAACGCAGUGAUCGACGGCCGGCCCCUCGAGACGUUCAAGGCGUACUUUGGGCUCCGAGAGGCUGGCGGGAUGCCUAAUGUGGUCUCGGUCUGUGCAUUCUUCAACGCAUGUGCCGGGGCGAUGUUCCUCUCGCUUGGAGAGCAAUUCCAUGGGUUUGUGGUAACUUGCGGGUUUGACAUGGAUGUCUCAGUCUCGAAUGCAAUGGUUGAUUUCUAUGGAAAGUGCCGAUGUGCAGGGAAGGCAAGGGCGGUGUUUGAUGGGAUGAGAGUCAGGAACAGCGUGUCAUGGUGUUCUAUGAUUGUUGCAUACGCACAGCACGGGGCAGAGGAGGAUGCUUUGGCAGUGUACAUGGGUGCAAGGAACACUGGGGAAGAGCCAACUGACUUCAUGGUCUCUAGCGUUCUCACUACAUGCGCUGGCCUGCUAGGCCUUAAUUUUGGGCGUGCUCUUCAUGCAGUUGCUGUACGCUCUUGCAUUGAUGCAAACAUUUUUGUUGCAAGUGCGUUGGUCGACAUGUACGGGAAGUGCGGGGGCGUUGAAGAUGCUGAACAAGUCUUUUUAGAUAUGCCAGAACGGAAUCUUGUCACAUGGAACGCAAUGAUUGGAGGGUAUGCUCACAUUGGUGAUGCUCAGAAUGCACUUGCAGUGUUUGAUGCUAUGAUAAGGAGCGGAGGGACAUCACCUAAUCACAUCACACUUGUAAACGUGAUCACAGCAUGCAGUAGAGGAGGUUUGACGAAGGACGGGUAUGAGUUGUUUGAUACAAUGAGGGAGAGGUUUGGGGUUGAACCACGGACUGAGCACUAUGCUUGUGUGGUUGACUUGCUUGGGCGUGCAGGAAUGGAAGAGCGAGCCUAUGAGAUUAUACAGAGGAUGCCAAUGAGGCCUUCCAUUUCUGUCUGGGGAGCACUACUUGGGGCAUGCAAGAUGCAUGGGAAGACAGAGUUGGGAAGGAUUGCCUCUGAGAAGUUGUUUGAACUUGACCCUCAGGACUCCGGCAAUCACGUGCUGCUCUCAAAUAUGCUUGCAUCAGCUGGCAGGUGGGCAGAAGCAACAGAUGUAAGGAAGGAGAUGAAGAAUGUCGGAAUCAAGAAAGAGCCAGGGUGCAGCUGGAUCACUUGGAAAAAUGUUGUUCAUGUUUUCUAUGCCAAGGACACCAAACAUGACAGGAAUAGUGAGAUCCAGGCAUUAUUGGCCAAGCUCAAAAAACAAAUGCAGGCGUCUGGGUACAUGCCAGACACACAGUAUUCACUUUAUGAUGUCGAGGAAGAAGAGAAAGAAACGGAGGUUUUUCAACACAGUGAGAAGCUUGCUCUGGCUUUUGGACUCAUUCAUAUACCUCCUAGUGUACCUAUAAGGAUCACAAAGAACUUGAGAAUAUGCGUGGAUUGUCAUCGAGCUUUCAAGUUCGUAUCUGGUAUUGUUGGUAGGGAGAUAAUUGUGAGGGACAAUAAUAGGUUUCAUUACUUCAAACAAUUUGAGUGUUCAUGCAAGGAUUACUGGUGAAAGUUAUAUCUAUGUGAUACUCAUUCUUUUGGCAUCUCUAGAAUCACUUCUACAAAGAUAGAAGGAAAAGUCCCAAUUUCAGGCCACCGACACCACCAUACCAGCAGCCACGGUGAUGAACAUGAGGGUCGUCUGUUCUGACGGACCAUGACCACUAACCCACUACAGGUGGUUGGUGGCGGUGCUGGUGGGGAGUCAACAAUGGUGGUUCUACUGAUCCUGCUGUGCAGAUCAAAUCAAAGCUCUGUCAGCUAUCAGUUCCAGUGGAUGUGCUGUGCCUAUACUCAUAAGAAGAAAUGAGUAUUUGAAAAGAUGGUGAACAAAAUGAAGAUGGCGAAGUAGAGAUAAGUGGUACAAAAGACAAGUUUCAAAGCAAGGUAAUAUGCACAAGGGCCUCAAUAGCCUGUGCUACUACAAUGGUUAGUUAUUUCACUGAGUUAAUGAUCCUUUUUUGUGUCAAACUGAAAUUUUUUUUAGGGUAAGCAGGAGGUCAAUUGACCUACUGCAUUUUAUUAAAAUGAAUAUAUACAGUGUAAGUUACGAAAGAGUAAAAAGAAAAUUCUAUCUAAAGUUGCCAAUCCAUCCCGGAAUGCAUGGUAUUUCUUUCUCUUGGCCCUAUGGAAUACCAUGUUGAGCUCUUCUUUGAAGAUCCUUCUACAUCUAUAUAGAAAAGGCUGAAUCUGUUGGAAUAUGUAAUCAAACUGAAUUAAGAUCAUACUGCAAUACAACUAAUGAUUAUGUACAUUAGAUGCUUCUGUAGCUAUUACAGAUUUGUGAUGUUGUCUGAUGUUUUACCCUUAUGUACUGCUGCGAGCUAGUCCUCACAUAAGGGUGGCUAUCGAUAUACCAAGCAUGUCUUGGAGUUAAACCACUAUUGUUCUAGUAUUGAUGAGCUUGUAUGAAUUCGUCAAACAAAAAAAUCGUUUUAAUGGGCUCUUGGAGUGAAACCACUAUUGCUUUAGUGUUAUGGUGAUUGGAUGGAAGAUACCUUGGUUGUCAUGUAUGUUUAUGAUGUUUGGAUGGACUGCUGGCAACUUGGAUUGUCCAUCUAUGUUUAAUACUAACUAGAUUUUACUUGGAGUUGGCUGUGGACAUGUAGUGUACGGAAUUUUAUUAGACACCCUAUAUUUUAUAGUCCAAGUAAAAUAUUACUUGGAGUAUCAUUUAUCUUCUGAGUUUUUCCUGUGAUGUCUCGAGGGCUCCUUCCCCAUAGGCUCUUUGUUUUUUAUAUAUGAAAUCAUCACCAUCAAAUUUAAAUAAUACUGCACAUAAUCAUUUUGUUUUAAAAGGACAGCUUUUAAAAAUCAAGUCACAACUGACAGGUUUCAGAGCAGGAAGAAAAACAAAA